GAACACGUUUUCUGUUUUUUUUUUUUUUUUUUUUUUUUCUUAUUGCUUUUCUUGAUUUUAAACCAUUUGAAAUAGUUGCUGCUCGAACAAGUCACUUCACAGUUUGCCUUUAUGGAGGAUUAUGAUGUGGACAUGGAUGAGGAAGAGGAUGGAGAAGUAUUCCUCAGAAGGGCCACAACAGGGUCCUGGUGGGAGGACGGUGAUGGCAGUGGUGACACACAUGAGACAAGAUUAAGAAGCUGCAUGGUAAACAGCCGCAGUUGGGCAGAAGAGCUCCAGGAUGUCUUUGUGCCACAGGCUGAAGGCUGCCACGGCGAAGGGCGACCAAGGCUUUCCAGCAUCUCUGCUCAGAGGAAUGAAAGAGAGUCAAUCAGGCAGAAACUUGCCCUUGGCAGUUUCUAUGACGACGAGCCAGUCAUCUACACCAGCUGCAGCAAGAACAGCCCUUCCUCCCGGCUGCAGAGUGGCGUGAACCUACAGGUAUGCUUUGUUAAUGACAGCAGCAGUGACAAAGACAGUGAUGCUGAGGACAGCAGGACAGAGACCAGUCUGGACACACCUCUCUCCCCUGUGAGCAAGCAGAGCUCAUCCUUGUCGGACCGAGACACUGCAGAGGAAGACUCGGAUCCAUUAGAUGACUGCGGAGGGUUUUGGCGGGUGCAGCGAAGGCUGCAGGAGGAGGCUCGGGUGGCACUGGCUUUGGCUCGACCUAUGGCCCGAAUGCAGGUGGAAGUGGAGAGACAAAUCCAGCUGCACCGACGUUCACCUGUCGCUGACCUGCUCCCCCAUUUGCCCCACAUCAGCGAAGGCUUAAUGAAGAGGAGUCUGAGGCGAGGGGACAUGAGAGACAUGAGUCUUGGACAGCUGCAAGUCAUCACAAAUGAUUUACACUCACAGAUUCAGAGUCUAAAUGAGGAGCUGGUGCAGCUGCUGCUGAUGAGGGAUGAGCUGCAUGUGGAGCAAGAUGCCAUGCUGGUGGACAUCGAGGACCUCACCAGGCAUGCGCACAGCCACCAGCGGCACCAGGCAGAGAAAGCCGUCUCCAAAUAACCCACCGACCCACAUGUGUCUAUCUGCACGCCACUCAGCCUCCCAUUCCACGGUGUGUCACUAGUGUUCCUGCUGAAACUCCAUCUUUGCCCAUUUAUUUUCGUGGCAUAUUGUACGAGCACACCCAUAAAAUGUUACACCACAGGGCAAGCCUGGUUUAUACUUUAUAGUAUCAUAACAGACCAAAUGGUGAAAUGGGCAGCAAUCGGAUUAAGACCAACAACCACAAAACAAACAAAAAUCUUUAGUUGCCUUUUGUAACCAUGUUCUGUUCACUUGCAGAGUGUAUUAUUUAUUUCACUAUGAGCACUUUGUCAUGGCUCUAUUUAUCACUGGAAUUCACUGAAAGCAUAUAUUAUAUGUAUAUAUAUAUAUAUAUAUAUAUAUAUACAUAUAUAUAUAAUGUGUAUGUGUACACUGCUGCUACACACGUUUAAUACCUGUGUCUUUUAAUGUGCCAUGAUGGAUUGACUAAAAAAACAAAAAAAAAAGUGUAUACUUAUUUAUUUCUUUGGGGGUUAACAAAAAGAGCAGCCUUUUAAUAGAAAUAUGCAAUAUCAUUUUUGUUGUGCUUAAUUUGCUAAUGAUAAACACAGAAAAUGUUAAGCAGUUAUAUAUUAAAACAAAAUCUGUCUGAGCUUAUUAUAUUUUAUUUGUUUAAAAAUGUUUAUGGAUAUAUUCUACGUAUAUGUGAAGAUGCUUUAAUUAAAGGCCGACUGACAUGCCUCAAUGUGUUUCCAUGUUUUCACACUCGGAUUUUUAUGAAUGUUAUUUCACACAAAGUUGAACUUUCUAUGAUUUGCGUCAUUGAUAAAUGUAUUGUAUAAUCAUUGUACAAAGAAAUCGGGUAAUAAAGAUUUUAGGUGU